AUGGCAAUUAUUUAUAAUAAAAAUUUUAACACACAUAAAUAUAAUUUAUAUUCUACUGAUUUAAAUAGGGAAAGAAUGAAAUAUAGAAUGCCUUGUAGGUUUUUCAUUUUUAUGUCUUUAUGUUUAUAUAAUGUACAUGAGGAGAAUAUCGUUUCAUCUACAAAAUUUAUUGAAAUAGUAUCAAGAAAAUUAUCUGAAAUUGAAAAUGAAAAUAAUAAUAAUAUGCAAAGAAAAAAUAUAAUGAAUCAUUUGGAUGAAACAAAUGAGAGUUCAAUAAGUUCAAAAAAUAAUAAAAGUAUUACAUUAGAAAAUAAACAAUAUAAUAAUUUGUCAAAGAAUUUAACAGAAAAGGAAUUAUAUGAUGUGUUAAAAUCAUUAGAAGAACACCCCUCAAAAGAAGAUCUUAUAAAUAUAUGGUCUCACACACUUGGUGUUGGAAAAGAAGGAUUUGUUAAUGUACAGAAAGAAUUGAAGGGAUUUAUGCAAAAAUAUUUAGACAAUGAUGUUAUUGGAAGUAAAAAUCACAUGGGAGAAUCUUAUGUAUAUGACAGUUUAUGGAAAAAAAAUCUUUUUAGUCUUUGUGAAACAAUAGCAGAACAGCAGAUGGAAUACACUAAAAAUUUUUACAGUCUAAUUAAUGGUGAACAUACAGUUGAUGAUAUAUUAAAAUUUAUUUAUUCAUUCUUAGAAUUUUUUGAAGCAUUAAAAAAAGAAUUACAUAAAAAACAUCAAGAGGAACUUUCAAAAGAAACUACACUAGCCUCCAAUUUAUUGAAACAUUAA